AUUAAUACUGUUGUCCUGACAAGUCAUGUAACCAACAACCAGACUAAUCUAAAGGCGUCCAUAAUUGUCAGCCAUAUUGGCUCCCACUAGGAGUCACCAUCCACAGUAAAGUUCACUUCCUACACGCUUUAUAAUUUGUAUGAAUGGACCACCUUCGUCUCCAUGAACACAUGCCUUCUGUGUCCCUGCAGCUCCUUUCCAGAUUCCGACUUCCCUUUUAAAAAUGGAGGCAUGGCUGGUGCCAUCGAACUGAAACAACCCGUCGGCGCCCACUGCCACGGCGCCAAAGACCUGGCGUGUGAGGACAGUGUGGACAAGCUGAUGGCCAAGAAGAAACUCUACAUCGCUUCAGCCGUGUGCCUCAUCUUCAUGAUUGGCGAAGUCAUAGGAGGCUACCUGGCCCACAGUCUGGCCAUCAUGACGGACGCAGCCCACCUGCUGACGGAUUUUGGCAGUAUGAUGGUGAGCCUGUUCUCCCUGUGGAUCUCCUCGAGACCGCCCACCAAAACCAUGAACUUCGGAUGGCACAGAUCAGAGAUCCUCGGGGCUCUCAUCUCAGUCAUUUCCAUCUGGAUUGUCACGGGGGCUCUGGUCUAUUUAGCCAUCGAGAGGAUUGUACGCAACGACUAUGAGAUUGAUGGCCACGUAAUGUUAGUCACCUCCGGCUGUGCUGUCAUCGUCAAUAUAAUCAUGGCCUGCAUCCUCCAUCAUUCCACCACCUUCCACGCCCACGGCAGCGGUUAUCGGCAGAUGGACGAGGACGGCCAGAGUCCCGUGGGUCACGGCCACUCCCACGCGCUCCUCAGUGGCCACGGCAACACGAGCGUCCGGGCCGCCUUCAUCCACGUGGUCGGGGACCUGCUGCAGAGCAUCGGUGUCAUGGUGGCAGCUACCAUCAUCUACAUUCGGCCCGAGUACAAAGUCGCAGAUCCCAUCUGUACGUUCCUGUUCUCCGUCUUCGUCCUCUGCACCACCGUCACCAUCCUCAGAGAUGUCUUCAGGAUACUCAUGGAAGGGUCUCCUAAAGGAAUCGAGUUUAACUCAGUGAAGGAGGUGCUGCUGUCUGUGAAGGCUGUGAAGUCGAUGCACAGUCUGCACCUGUGGGCUCUGACCGUGGGCCAGGCACUGGUCUCUGUUCACCUGGCCAUAGAGGAGGGUGCUGAUGCUCAGUCUGUGCUGCAGGAAGCAACUGACCUGCUCAACACCAAGUUUGGUUUCUACAGCGUCACCAUCCAGGUGGAGCUCUACUCUGACGACAUGAGCCACUGCUUCCACUGCCAGGACCCCAGUGACUGAAAGUGGUACUGCGCCAGAGGACAAGACUAGAGCCAACAGGACAUGAACAUGAAGUUAGACAACAAAAUCAUCCAUGAGUUGGUAGUCAGGGUGCUGAUGAUGGAGCUCCAAGCUAACAGGCAAACUAAGCCUCCUCAAAAAAAUAAAAAGGGUUGUAUGGUAGUCCAGUCCUCAAGGUUGCAGGAGUUUCAAAGAAAUGUGUACCAAAACGCUCACUAGUAAAUAAAUCCAUCAAGACUCAAACAAGGUGGAGCCUUGAUGAUGAAAGUAAUAAAAAAUAUCUGACAGAGCAUUAAAACCGUUUCCAUCUCACCUCCUCCUUUUCAUCUACGAACGACAUGUGCAAGGACAGAUUAGCUGACCAGACUACAGUAGGUCACUGUGUUCGCUCUAUUCAUGGUUUCUUUUUUAAAAUAAGGAUGACUUGAGUUUUGAGAUGGAAUCCUAAAAUUUCAUUUCAGUAAUCUGGCUUACUCUUUUGCAAUUAUUUCAGGAGAAAACAAUUUUUUGUUGGCAAUCUUUUAUGAAAGUAGCUGCUGCUGGUUGAGACUUACACUGCCUAACUUUUCAUGUAAAUUAAGAAAAACUGCCAGAUGUAGAACCACUUACUGUUCACAACUACUUUUUUUCUACAGUAACUUCCCUGACUGAGCUACUUAAAUAUGACAGAAAUCCUAGCAUGUUAGCAUGGAGCUUAUAAUCAGUUAGCACGAGUACGAACAAUGUGGAUGACUUGGUUCAACAAAAACUUCAUUAAAAACCUGCUCGAUGUCAUUACCUGCUCUUCACUAACAGUCAGACAUUGUUAAGAGUUUUAUGUACGGAUGAGUUCGUUGUUUGCACAGUCUCAUUGCAGACAUCAUGGUGAUAUCUACCCUACUGAUAAACAACAUGAGGGAAAGCAUGAAUAGCACCUCUCUAAAAAGCUACAUUCUGUCAGCUGUUACCUUUGGAAAAUCACGGACGGAGGCUGUAAGGACUUUUCAGCGCCAUGAUAAACCGCCAUGAGUAUGGUGAUGGUUAACCAUGUGAAGACGCCUUUUAACCUGCAUAACUGCACUAUAUGUC